GGAGCCGACCAGCACAACAACAGGUUUGACUCCCUUGACCCGAAUCCACCGAGUCGCUCAGCUCCUCCACGUUCGUAUCCAAUAAGUUAACUUCAGAUUAUGCCUGGCCUACGUAUGGCUUGGGCUUGGAUCGCCCCCCGCUUCUGGGUUGGUCGGGGUUUGAGACGGUAGAGCCCUCCCCCCCCCCGAGGGAGACGGCGUGAUGCGAUAGCUGGAGGGCUGGCAGGCAGCUCUUUGUCUCCUCGCCCACCGGGCUGUUUCAUGCUGUAUCUCCCGGCAGCUGCCCUAAUUUCCUCCUCCACGGCAGUCAGUGCCAUGCCUUGGCAAGCAACCAGACGGGCCGGCGGAAGGCAAAUGGUAGCCUCAUCCUUCGUCCUGCUGGCAUCCAUGACCGUUGUCCCCUCUGGGUCCCUCUGCAAGCUAAGCUUGACUGGAACGCAGAUCCGUCAAAUGGGGGAUUUCUCUUUGCCAGCCCACCUGCACCUUUCUGAUUUGGGCCGUAUGGAGUAUCUCCGUGUCUCGUCAAUUUCACCCCCAGGACCUCUUAUUUAUUAUUAUUUGCCCUUUCCAGAACCUUUCCUCGACUGCGUACCGUCCGCGCUGCCGUAUAUAUCCUACUGACCCUAUCACUGCACGGGACUUUUACAUGCAGCUGGAAGCAGCAUCCCGGCAUCACCUCCACUUGUUCUUCCCCAUUGAUCCUGCAUCUCAAACGACGGAGGAAUACGGGCUGCAAGCCUAUCUGCGGAGUCUCUGGCAUGAGCAUCAGACCUCCGACCUCCUUCAGUAGAUCUGGUUGGGCCGGGCCUCUCGUCGGUUGCGUCUGGACUCUCGUGAAGAUUACCGGUCUUUUUCGGGCUUUCCACCUGGCGCGCUCAUCACUGACCCCGACCCUGCGUCGCCUCGAGCUCUCUGCCGCUUCCUUUCAAAUGAGUUCGAUGUACUGCGACCUGACCUUGCUACUCUCUUCCUUCC